AUGACUUCCUCUGCACACGGGGCAGAGCGAGACAGGCUGGGAAUAAUCGCAGCGCUGAUGGUGGCCAUAAUGGUAGCCGUAGUGGCCGUACUUGUGAGUUUCGUCACCAUGUUUGUACUGGUGAGGCAGGGGGCCGAACUGACAGAAAUAAAGUCUCAACUGAAGGAUAUAAAAGCACAGAUGCAGGAGAUGCCACAGUGGGGAGAACACCUGGAUACGCAGGUGAGUCCUCAGGGCCCAAGUGUCCGUGUCCGUGAGCAGCAGAAUGGAGCGGGGCGUGGCAAGAGUACCACCUUUCUGUACGGAGCUGAAGUGCAUCGCCGAGCUAAGAGAUCUGUGUCUAACAUCGGGAAUUUUGCGAACAAGAUUACACUGCCGACAACUCUACGGGAUGACAUUUGCCAAUGGGAAAGAAGCAUAGAGGCAAUAAAACUGGCCCUAGAAAGAUAUGACAAUGAGUUCACUAACGCAGGACUGAAAAUGAACAAAGCCAGUGGCAAAACAGAAGUUCUGAUCUUUGGCAGAAACCCCCCCAAGGCAGAAAUUACAGUGAAUGGAGAUACUAUUGGGAGGGUUGAGCAGGCUAAGUACCUGGGCUCAGUCACAACCCGAGAAUCAGGAAACAAAGCUGAGAUCACAGAGAGGAUCAGUAACUUCAGCAGACAAGCUGCUGCCCUCCAACCAGUUCUCAGAGACAGACUAGUCUCCAACGAAGUGAAGAAAACUAUCUUCAACACCAUCUUAAAACCAGUCCUUCUGUAUGGUUGCGAGUCUUGGGUGCUAACUAAGAAAGACAUCAGUAGACUACAGGCCGCAGAAAUGAAAGUCGUCCGUACCAUGCUAGGCAAAACGAGGGCUGACAGACUGAGAAACACGUACCUCAGAGAAACCUUAGGCAUAACAUCAAUAGAACAAGACAUAGAAAGAGCAGCCCUAAGAUGGCUUGGACAUGUUGAAAGAAUGGACGAGGGAAGAAUUCCAAAGAUAGCCCUCCAGUACAAACCAAAGGGCAAGCGUCCCUUAGGUAGACCCAGAAAGAGAUGGAGGGACAACAUACAGGAGAUACUGACAAAGUACAGACUGGGCAGACUAGUUAGACUGGAAGAGGAGGGGAUCUUCCAUGAUCGGGAAGAGUGGAAGAGACGAUGCUCUCAACUGACAGGCCCUAAAGCCUACCUGGGGAAGAUGUAA